CCACAGGAACCAGCGCCCCACGCCUGCGCUCUGCCGAGGCGCCGCCUGGAACCGGUCGGGGAGCGUGGGGACCGGAGCGCGGCGGGGCUUCGAGACCCGCUGGGGCCAAGUCUUUAGCUUGAGGCGUUGCUGCGCCGAGGACGAUGAACCGCAGCCGCCAGGUGACGUGCGUGGCCUGGGUCCGCUGCGGCGUGGCCAAAGAGACGCCAGACAAGGUAGAGCUUAGUAAAGAAGAAGUGAAACGUCUCAUUGCUGAAGCAAAGGAAAAAUUACAAGAAGAAGGUGGCAGUGAUGAAGAGGAGACAGGCGAUCCUUCAGAAGAUGGCAUGCAGAGUGCCCGCACCCAGGCCCGACCUCGGGAGCCCCUGGAGGAUGGCGACCCAGAGGAUGACAGGACACUGGAUGAUGAUGAGCUGGCCGAGUACGCCUUAGAUAAAUAUGAUGAGGAAGGUGACCCAGAUACUGAAACUCUUGGUGAAUCUCUUUUGGGUCUUACAGUCUAUGGGAGUAAUGAUCAAGAUCCUUAUGUUACUCUGAAAGAUACGGAGCAGUACGAACGUGAAGAUUUCUUGAUUAAGCCCAAUGACAAUCUCAUAGUUUGUGGCAGAGCUGAACAGGACCAGUGCAAUUUAGAGGUACAUGUUUAUAAUCAAGAAGAAGAUUCUUUUUAUGUCCACCAUGAUAUCCUGUUGUCUGCAUACCCUUUGAGUGUGGAAUGGCUGAAUUUUGAUCCUAGCCCAGAUGAUUCAACUGGAAAUUACAUUGCUGUGGGAAACAUGACCCCCGUUAUUGAAGUGUGGGACCUUGAUAUAGUGGACUCUUUGGAGCCAGUCUUUACACUUGGAAGUAAGCUAUCAAAAAAGAAGAAAAAGAAAGGAAAGAAGAAUUCCUCAGCAGAUGGGCAUACCGAUGCUGUCCUUGACCUUUCUUGGAAUAAGCUGAUCAGAAAUGUGCUGGCCAGUGCAUCAGCUGAUAACACUGUUAUUCUGUGGGAUAUGUCUUUGGGGAAACCAGCAGCCAGCCUUGCCGUACAUACAGACAAGGUCCAGACUCUCCAGUUUCAUCCAUUUGAAGCACAGACUCUGAUUUCUGGAUCAUAUGAUAAGUCGGUGGCUUUGUAUGACUGCCGAAGUCCAGAGGAAGGCCAUCGAAUGUGGCGAUUCAGUGGGCAGAUCGAGAGAGUGACUUGGAAUCACUUUUCACCUUGUCAUUUUUUGGCCAGUACAGAUGAUGGCUUCGUAUAUAAUUUGGAUGCACGUUCAGAUAAGCCAAUUUUUACACUUAAUGCACACAAUGAUGAAAUUUCUGGUCUUGAUCUAAGCAGUCAAAUCAAGGGCUGUCUUGUGACUGCAUCAGCGGACAAGUAUGUGAAGAUCUGGGACAUAUUAGGAGAUAGGCCAAGCCUAGUUCACUCUAGGGACAUGAAAAUGGGAGUUCUCUUCUGUUCUUCCUGUUGCCCUGAUUUGCCAUUUAUUUAUGCUUUUGGAGGUCAGAAAGAAGGGCUUCGGGUCUGGGAUAUAAGCACAAUCUCUUCAGUAAAUGAAGCAUUUGGAAGACGAGAGAGGCUUGUUCUCGGCAAUACAAGAAAUUCAUCUAUUAGUGGCCCUUUUGGGAGCAGGAGCUCAGAAACACCAAUGGAGUCUUAAUGAAGAUCAUACAAUUUCCUGUUUUAUUUACCCUAACUCAGUUUUUAAAAGCUGGCCUAAAGAUGUUCCCUGCUGCAGCCAUCAAAAUGACAGAAACAAAAUUGCCUGACAGACAUUCCUCUCUGCAGCUAUGGUGGCAGCACAAACAGGGCUGGUCUUUGUGCUAACCUUUCAAGCAUGCAGUAUAUAGGGCUCCACCUGCAUUUCUUGAAAGGGAUAAUAAAAAAGGUUUUUUAAAAAUAAUUCCUUAAGUAUGCCAUCUGUCACAGGUAGUCUAGGUUUAUAAAAUAAGUAGUACUUACCUCAUAGAAUUUUAAAAGAGGAAAAUCCUCUAAUCUUAAAAGAUGGGUAAACCCAGGCCUGGAAAAGUGGUAAUUAGGCCAAGAUUGGACAGUAGACCAUGAGCAGAGGCAGGUCCCUCUGGGACUACACUUUCCUGACCAGCUGUUCUCCAAUUAAUGCUCAUGACUUAGAAGUGUUCUUAGUGCUACUCUUUCAAAAGUGGCAUGCCUUUUUUGUCCAUAGCAUAGUAUUCAGUGUUACCAAACAAAAGAGGCAUUACAUAAUGAUAGUCCAACAAGAGGAUAUAACAUUUGUAAAUAAAUAUUUAGGUAACCUUAUGUUGCGUGAAUAAAUAAAGCAAAUGGUAAAAGAGCUAAAA